CGGCGUCCUUCUCUUCAGACGGCCAUCUUUCUUCUUCUUCCACCCCUCCAAACGCCAUCUCUCCUUUCUUCCUUCUUCCUCCAACCGUCGCCCGUGGCCUUUCUUCGUCUCUCUAUAUCUCUCGUCGACUCGGUCUCUCGCCUUGGUCUCUUACAAGCCCGGCCUUCGACUUAGUAACCUCGGUCAUCGUCAUCACGCUGCUCACCUUCACGCCACACGACCAGCCCUCGGAUCCAGUCCACCGCCAGAGCUAGAGCCACACCGCGUGAGAACUCUUUGUCGAAUUUGGUGUUUUGUAUUUGUAGUAGCACCUCGUGCGACUCGCCUACCGCCAUUCCAUAAGUGUUUCUUUGCCAUCCGCCUUUUCCGACACUUGGCGCAAACGUCCUGUCAUUGCUUGCUUUGUCACUCGAAUCCCAAGCCGACACCAUCUUUCAAAAGCAGUCUCUGUCCAGAGAUUUAAAACUCCAAAAAACCAUCGCCACGCAAGUUGCUUCGCAUCUGUCGCAGCCUGUCAACCACCUAGUCACCCCUCAGGCAUUAGAUGGCCGACGACCGAUAUCGUCGAGAACAUCCUCAGCAGACCAACGCCGACGAACAGCCAACUCACAACCAGCAGCAAGACCCUAGAGGCCAUCAAUACAACAUGUCUGCCUCAGUAACUUUACCCUCCAUCCAAGACUCCCGAGGCGCGCCUUAUGCCGCCGGACCACCGCCAGGCAGAGGUUAUGCUCACGACCCUCGCUACGGCUCACCCAACGCUGGCAACGGUUACCCUCCGCCUCAAGGCCAUCCAGCCCACGGAAACCCAGCAUACAUGGCGCAUCCUGCCGAUGGACGCCCGCCUCACUACCCUCCCGAUCAGAGAGGCUACUAUGACGACCGCCGUCCUGCCCAGUACCAUGAUCAGUAUCCCCCUGACCCCUACUACUACCGUGGUCAAGGCCCUCCUCCCAAUGGCUAUCCUCCUAGAGACUAUCAUGGCCACCCUCAAGGCGGAUAUGCUGCCGAGUAUGCCGGUGGAGGUGCUCCAGGUCCUCAGGCUGCGCCUAGACAGCGAACCUCAAUUGCUUGCAAGUACUGCAGAAAGCGCAAGAUCCGAUGCAGUGGCUACCAAAGCGCUCCUGGUGGCAAAUGCCAAAACUGUGCUCGCAUGAACCAAGAAUGUGUCUUCCAGCCCGUCUCGUCGUCUGCCUCAACAGCCUUCAUUCCCGUCUCAGCACUUCCUGGCGGUGUCCCUCCCGGAACUCCCCUCUACGGAGCAUAUGGACAGCCUCUCGCACCUAGCUCUGCGCCUGGUGGCCACCCCUAUGGCCCCGGUGGUGCUCCUCCUCCUCAUGGCUACUACCCUGCCCCCGGCCAAUCGCCCACAGAGGCCUAUCCUCCUUAUGGUGAUCCUCGAUAUGACGAGCGACGCCAGCGGGAAGCUGAUGAGCAUUGGAGACGUUCGCAUCCCCGUCCUGGCCCUCCAGAUGAGGAACCACGCAGAAAGUCACCCGGUGAUUCGACCAACGGCAGCCCUGGAGGCAUGAACUAUCCUCAACAGGCUACUGGGCCCAGCCCUCGCGGAGCUCCUGCAACAGUAGCUCGUCGAUCUCCAGUCGUUCAAAAUAGCUCGGGAGCAUCAACGCCAGCAAAGUCGAGUACACAAGGACAGCAGCCUCCUGCAUCUGUCAUGAGUCUCAGCAAUCUUGUAGACAAGAGCGAUAUCGACAAGGGCAUGCUCGGUCGCCUCAACAGACCUCUUCCCGGUGCCGCGCCGCAGGAAGGAUCUCAGUAGAGCAAGAGCAUCAGUGCAACAUUCUCAUUGGUGGCACUGCUGGACAGCUUGCCAUGAAUAGUCGUUACUAUUUUUCUCCAGCCAAUCGACCGGUUUCGAUACCAUGCGCUGGCAAGCGUUCUCGUGGACGAGACAACGCCUCUUUCCUACGGAACUCAGCCCAAGUGGACAGAGCUCCUUGACUUUUGUCUUGUUAUUGACAUGUCGAUAUACCACUCUGGCGGCGACGCCUCCUUCUUUUUAGACAGCUCCUUGUUUGGCAACAAACACCGGUUGGCGUGGGCGAACUUCUUUUCGGUAUUGUGUUCUAUUUUUUUCUUAUUUUUUUCUAUCUUUUUUUGUCCGUUGAGCCUCCAUUGUCACCGCCGUCAUCUAUUCUUUUCAUGUCUCUUAGGAGAUGAAAAAGAGGAUCGACGACAGGAUAAUGGCGGGCUUGACGCGGAGUUUUACAGUGUCAAACAGAAGACGGAUCUGCCUCACGGCAAACUUGGGUUACGGUGCGAACGGGAUAUUUUUUUGAUUUUAUUUUGUGUUACCUCGUCAUUUUGAUCAGGUAUAUGUUUUGUUUCGGGUUCUUUGACUUUCUAUCCGGUUAUUUACUAUUAUUUUUCCCUUAGGGUGCGCAGAUGUGAUCGAAUCUCAACCACUUUAUUUUAGACAAUUUUACUGACGAAUUGGACGUCCCAGUUCGUUGUAUUUCUACAUCUUACGAUCUCUACAUGAUACAAAUGCUAAAAGAAAUUACCUUGAUAGUGAAAAUGGUUAUCAACGCUUGGGAAAAUAGACCCUGUGACUCGGUAUGGCGUAUCAUCGCCAACAGGUACGACAUAGCAGCUGCUUCGAGCUUUAGUCUAUCUAGACACCGCAAUUCAUGCUAUUGUUCUUAUCCAUCACGCUUGUCAACCCAGGUCGACCGCAGUUGAAGUCUCUCUCUCCCAAAAGACUAUACUCGCUUAGCGUGGCGAGAGCCAAACGACACCCACAUGGCUCGAGGUGGGAUGGGGUGGGCA